GCGCGCGGCUCCGUCGUCAUACGUGCGCGCCGCCUUUGUCGCUCGCCGGGGAUGUAGGAAAGCUAUCAUGGCGAGCUCCGCAGCCUCCUCGGUGCGACCGCCUAGGCCCAAGAAAGAGCCUCAGGCGCUUGUCAUCCCCAAGAAUGCGGCAGAGGAGCAGAGGCUCAAGCUGGAGCGGCUCAUGAAGAACCCGGACAAAGCAGUUCCAAUUCCAGAGAAAAUGAGUGAAUGGGCACCUCGACCUCCCCCAGAAUUUGUCCGAGAUGUAAUGGGUUCAAGUGCUGGGGCUGGCAGUGGAGAGUUCCAUGUGUAUAGGCAUCUGCGCAGGAGAGAAUACCAGCGCCAGGACUACAUGGAUGCCAUGGCUGAGAAGGUCAGUGAGCUGAGAGGCUGGCUGAGCGCUCUUUGGACAGUGUGAAUUUUUAGUCUUUAGAGAAAAGUGUUUGAGGAAGAGUAGAAACAACUGAUCAGAGCUUGUAUGAGAGCUGCCCUUCUAUAGUUAGAAUGGAAAGCAGAGUCCAGGUGACCCCUGGGUCAGCGUCAGGACAGCAGAAUGGAUACACUAGAUUAGGGAUGAGGGCUGGGAGUCUUCCAUGUUUAUUGCAGGGCCCAGCAGAAUCCCCUCUCCCGGCUAGGGUAUUUGCUGUGUAACAAACAGCAAGCAGGGUCUCCCACUCUAUGAGUUGUUACUUCUCUAUUCUCUUUUUGCCUGAAUACAGUUAGCUAUGUGUUUGCUAUGAAUAGUAGUGUGCUUUCAUUGUGUCUCCUUUGAGAAUCUGGGUUUUCUAACUUUGAGGCCGGUAUUUUUCAUGACAGAUGUAAAAUAAUAGAAGAGCUUGAGAAUUGCUUAAGAAAUUGUACCUUGGCUCGGCGCCUG